UUUAUGUACUUGCACGAGUUCAGUUUAAAAUCACGCGUUCGGAUGUUGAAAGCGUUCACUGUUUAGUGGAUACGUUUCCAUUGUUAGUUUUCGUUAUCGAUAAUACAACAAUUCUGCGUGGGAUCGAUGCAUUUUUAUACUAAAUCGGCUUACGUUGUAUUAUUUGUGUGAGUGCUUUUUGUCGAGGUUCGGGUCCGCGACCGUUUACAACUACCUACCACCAUGGCGGACGUAGACUCAAAAGAUCGUUACGAUCCUGAACUGAAAUAUCUUUCUGUGGACAGGAACAGUUAUAACGAUCCGGGGGCACAAGCAGAAUGGACACAAAAGAGGCUGAUAUGGAUUCCUCACGAGUCCCAGGGAUUCGUGGCAGCGAGUAUAAAAGGAGAAAAAGGGGACGAAUUCGAGGUGGAGAUUCAGGAGACCGGCAAAAGGACUUUGGUGUCUAAGGAUGACAUCCAAAAGAUGAAUCCGCCUAAAUUCGACAAAGUCGAAGAUAUGGCAGAGUUAACUUGUCUAAAUGAAGCUUGCGUUUUGCACAAUUUAAAGGACAGAUAUUAUUCCGGCCUGAUCUAUACCUACUCCGGCCUGUUUUGUGUGGUAGUAAACCCAUACAAGAAACUGCCAAUAUACACAGAAAAGAUUAUGGAAAGGUACAAAGGGAUAAAACGGCACGAAGUACCACCACAUGUUUUUGCCAUUACAGAUACUGCCUAUCGUUCUAUGUUACAAGAAAGGGAAGAUCAAUCAAUACUUUGCACUGGUGAAUCUGGCGCGGGAAAAACAGAAAACACAAAGAAAGUUAUUCAGUAUUUGGCCUACGUAGCCGCAUCGAAAUCACCAAAAGGUUCUGGAGCGAAAGACCUUAUCGGAAGCUUAGAGCAGCAGCUACUUCAAGCCAAUCCGAUUUUGGAAGCGUUUGGUAACGCCAAAACAGUCAAGAACGACAAUUCUUCUAGAUUUGGUAAAUUCAUUCGAAUCAAUUUCGAUGCAUCGGGGUAUAUUGCUGGUGCCAACAUAGAAACUUAUCUCUUAGAGAAAUCACGUGCCAUAAGACAAGCGAAAAAUGAAAGAACUUUUCACAUUUUCUAUCAGCUUCUUUGUGGAGCAUCAACAGAACAGAAAAAGGAAUAUAUUCUAGAAGAUGCAAAAAGUUACACAUUCCUGAGCAACGACAAUCACAUCGUACCCGGUGUAGAUGAUUCGGCAGAAUUUCAGAAUACUGUCAAAGCCAUGCAUAUUAUGGGAUUUACCCCUGAAGAUUUUCACUCCAUAUUCCGAAUAGUCUCCGCGGUCAUGCUCUUUGGCACUAUGCAAUUUAAACAGGAUCGAAAUUCGGAUCAGGCUACUCUACCGGAUAAUACUGUCGCGCAGAAAAUCGCUCAUUUACUGGGUCUGUCCGUUACCGAUAUGACGAAAGCCUUCCUUAAGCCCAGAAUCAAAGUUGGAAGAGAAUUUGUAACUAAAGCACAAACAAAAGAACAAGUGGAAUUUGCUGUAGAAGCAGUUUCUAAAGCCUGCUAUGAACGAAUGUUUCGAUGGUUAGUAACAAGAAUAAAUAGGUCUUUAGGUAGAACAAAAAGACAAGGUGCUAGUUUUAUUGGAAUUCUUGAUAUUGCUGGUUUUGAAAUAUUCGAACUGAAUUCCUUCGAACAAUUGUGUAUAAAUUACACAAAUGAAAAAUUACAACAACUUUUCAAUCACACCAUGUUCAUUCUCGAACAGGAAGAAUACCAACGUGAGGGAAUCGAAUGGAAGUUUAUUGACUUUGGUCUUGAUUUACAACCAACAAUCGAUUUGAUUGAAAAGCCGAUGGGUAUUAUGGCUCUUUUGGAUGAAGAAUGUCUAUUUCCAAAGGCCACUGAUAAAACGUUCGUUGAAAAAUUGGUUACAGCGCAUACAGGUCAUCCAAAAUUCAAAAAGAGCGAUUUCCGCGGUAUCGCUGAUUUUUCGAUUAUCCACUAUGCUGGCAAAGUUGAUUAUUCUGCUAACAUGUGGUUAAUGAAGAACAUGGAUCCUCAAAACGAAAAUGUAGUGUCUUUGCUUCAAAAUUCCACAGAUCCUUUCGUUGCACAUAUCUGGAAGGAUGCCGAAAGUCUUGGACGCGCAAAAGGCAUGUUCAGAACAGUUUCCUAUUUGUAUAAGGAACAGUUGACGAAUUUAAUGGUCACUUUAAGAAAUACUAAUCCUAAUUUCGUUCGUUGCAUCAUUCCUAAUCACGAAAAACGCGCAGGAAAGAUAGAUGCUCCUCUUGUUCUGGAUCAAUUGCGUUGCAAUGGUGUUUUGGAAGGAAUCAGGAUUUGUAGGCAAGGUUUCCCCAACCGUAUACCCUUCCAAGAGUUUAGGCAACGUUACGAACUUCUGACGCCAAAUGUCAUUAACAAGGGUUUCAUGGACGGAAAGAAAGCUUGUGAAACCAUGAUCAAAUCUUUAGAAUUGGAUUCUAAUUUAUAUCGUAUUGGCCAGUCUAAGAUUUUCUUUAGAGCAGGAGUAUUAGCUCAUCUUGAAGAAGAACGUGAUUAUAAAAUCACCGACCUUAUUGUCAAUUUCCAGGCCUUCUGUAGAGGCUUCUUAUCUAGACGUAAUUACCAAAAACGGGUACAGCAACUUAAUGCGAUACGCAUUAUCCAGAGGAAUUGCAGCGCGUAUCUAAAAUUACGCAAUUGGCAGUGGUGGAGACUUUACACAAAAGUAAAACCGCUCUUAGAGGUAACAAAGCAAGAGGAGAAACUUAUGCAAAAAGAAGAUGAACUCAAACAAGUUAAAGAUAAAUUGGAUGUGCAAAUCAAAAACGCUCAGGAAUUCGAGAAGAAAUAUCAACAGGCCAUUGAAGAAAAAACGGUUCUUGCAGAGCAACUUCAAGCUGAAGUCGAACUUUGUGCAGAAGCCGAAGAAAUGCGAGCUAGACUAACUGCUCGUAAACAAGAAUUGGAAGAAAUUCUACAUGAUUUAGAAGCGCGAAUUGAAGAAGAAGAAGAACGAGCCAAUGCUCUAAAUAGUGAAAAAAAGAAAUUACAACUUACUAUUCAGGACUUAGAGGAACAGUUAGAGGAAGAGGAAGCCGCACGUCAAAAGUUACAAUUGGAAAAGGUGCAGUAUGACGCGAAAAUUAAGAAACUUGAAGAAGAUUUAGCAUUAAGUGACGAUACGAAUCAAAAACUUUUAAAAGAGAAGAAAGUUUUUGAAGAAAGGGCUAACGAUUUAAGUCAAGCCUUAGCCGAAGAAGAGGAAAAGGCGAAACAUUUAGCCAAAUUGAAAACAAAACAUGAAACUACAAUUGCUGAACUCGAAGAAAGACUUCUCAAAGAUCAUCAACAAAGACAGGAAACUGACAGAUCAAAGAGAAAAAUUGAGUCGGAAGUAUCGGAUCUGAAGGAACAGUUAGGCGAAAAGAGGACCCAACUGGAAGAACUGCAGUUGCAAUUAGGUAAGAGAGAAGAAGAGUUAGCACAAGCUAUGGUUCGUGUUGAUGAAGAAGGAGCUCAGAAAGCUCAAGCUCAGAAGGCUUUACGAGAAUUGGAAAGUCAGUUGGCCGAACUUCAGGAAGAUUUAGAAGCCGAAAAGGCUGCACGUAGCAAAGCUGAAAAAAUGAAGCGAGAUUUGAACGAAGAACUUGAAGCCCUUAAGAAUGAACUUCUCGAUUCCCUCGACACUACUGCUGCCCAACAGGAGUUAAGGUCAAAGCGAGAACAGGAACUCGCAACAUUAAAGAAAACCCUCGAGGAAGAAACACAGUUACAUGAAGUAACUUUAGCAGAUAUGAGACAUAAACACAGCCAGGAAGUAACGGCUAUCAAUGAGCAAUUGGAGAACUUGAAGAAAACUAAGACUGGAUUAGAAAAGUCAAAGCAGUCGUUGGAAGCUGAAAAUGCUGAUUUAGCAACUGAACUUCGGAACUUAAGCGCUACCAGACAAGAGAGUGACAGACGCCGAAAGCAAGCCGAAAGUCAACUAGCUGAAAUACAGGCAAAACUUGCUGAAGUAGAUAGGUCUAAAGUUGAAUUACAAGACAAGGUUAUAAAGCUACAACAGGAAGCAGAAUCAAUGGCACAGCAGCUUGAAGAAGCUGAACUGAAAGCUUCUGCAGCUCUUAAGAAUCAAGGAACCAUCGAAUCUCAACUUUCAGAAGCUCAAGCAGCUCUGGAAGAAGAAACACGACAAAAAUUGGCUCUUAGUUCAAAACUGAGGCAAAUUGAAGCAGAAAAAGAACAACUUCACGAUCAACUUGAAGAGGAAGAAGAAGCAAAACGAAAUUUAGAAAAGCAAGUGGUUACAUUGACUGUGCAAAUACAGGAAGCGAAAAAGAAAGCUGAAGAAGAAGCUGAGCAAGUUGUUGUACUUGAAGAACUCAAGAAGAAAUUACUUAAAGAUUUGGAAGCAUUGCAACGACAAGUGGAAGAAUUGUUGGCUGCUAAUGACAAAUUAGAAAAAAGUAAAAAGAAAAUAGCAGCAGAAUUGGAAGAUGCCAAUAUCGAUCUUGAAACGCAAAGACAGAAAGUAGCUGAACUCGAAAAGAAGCAAAAGAACUUCGACAAGAUUUUGGCCGAAGAAAAGUCUGUCAGUGAACAAAUGGCUCAAGAGCGAGAUGCUGCUGAACGCGAAGCCCGUGAAAAAGAAACAAAAGUUCUUUCUCUAAGUCGCGAACUCGACGAGUCCAACGAAAAAAUCGAGGAAUUAGAACGAGCCCGAAGACAACUUCAAGCCGAGCUCGAUGAGUUAGUAAACAAUCAAGGAACAGCGGAUAAGAAUGUGCAUGAACUUGAGAAAGCCAAGCGCGCCCUCGAAAAUCAAUUGGCCGAAUUGAAAGCCCAAACGGAAGAAUUGGAAGACGAACUUCAACUUACAGAGGAUGCCAAAUUACGUCUUGAAGUUAAUAUGCAAGCAUUACGAGCGCAGUUUGAAAGAGACUUGCAGGCUAAGGAAGAACAAGCUGAAGAAAAGAGAAGGCUCCUUAUGAAACAAUUAAGAGACCUGGAGGCAGAAUUAGAUGAAGAAAGGAAACAGAGAACAGCAGCAGUAGCAGCAAGGAAAAAAUUAGAAGGUGACUUGAAAGAAAUGGAGGCUCAAGUCGAAUUGCAGUGUAAAGUGAAGGAGGAUGCACUAAAACAAUUGAAGAAAUCCCAACAACAGUAUAAGGAAGCUGCCAGAGAUGCAGAAGAAGCAAGAACUGCCAGAGAUGAAUUAGCUGCCAGUAGCAAAGAUGCUGAAAGAAAGGUGAAGACAUUGGAAGCGGAACUCCUACAAGUCACCGAAGAUCUUGCCAAUUCUGAAAGAACGAGAAGAGCCGCUGAAGCAGAAAGAGACGAACUACAAGAAGAACUAAAUGGAAAUGCAAGCAAAGCGAGUCUUCUAAUUGACGAAAAGCGCCGAUUGGAAGCCCGAAUCUCAGCACUUGAAGAAGAACUUGAAGACGAACAGGGCAAUACAGAAAUUCUCAAUGAUAAAGCACGUAAAGCUCAACUUCUUGUAGAACAACUCCAGUCUGAACUCGGCAACGAACGUUCCUCUUCUCAAAAACUUGAAUCCAGUCGUCUCCUUCUUGAACGUCAGAAUAAAGAAUUGAAAGCAAAACUGGCUGAACUUGAAACAUCGCAAAGAACCAAAACAAAAGCCACCAUCGCAUCAUUAGAGGGCAAGAUUAACAAUUUAGAAGAACAACUUGAAGCUGAGGCUAAAGAACGCUAUGCUCAACAGAAACAGAAUAGAAAAUUGGACAAAAAGCUUAAAGAAAUGGUCCUCCAAUUGGAUGACGAGAGAAGGCAUGCUGAUCAGUAUAAGGAACAAGUGGAAAAAGUGAAUGCUAGGGUAAAGGCAUUGAAGAGACAGUUAGACGAAGCAGAGGAAGAGAUUAGUAGAGAGAAGGCGCAGAAGAGGAAGGCUCAGAGAGAAUGUGAGGACAUGCUCGAGUCUCACGAAUCCAUGAAUAGAGAAAUAAGUAAUCUUAAAAAUAAGCUCAGAAGAAACACCAGCAUGGGUAUGUCACGACUUGCUCCAUCAAAAAGAGGUUCCCUUCCACCAAAUAACGGUUCCGGGGACGACUCCACAACCCAGGACGAAACCAUGGACGGAGACGAUACCCCAAUAUAAUUUAAUACUAAACGCAGAGAGGCUCCUCUUUAUUCGAUUCGAAUGAAACAGUAUUAAAUUUCCGGCCCUUAUAACCAUACGGUUUAAAAUUAAUUUUUGUUUACUUAUUCUUUUUUGUUUUUUUUUUUUUUUAAUUAUAAGUGGAUAAUUCGGGCCACGAAAUCGAAUAAAAGUGAGUCGCUUUCGUUGUAAAUAAAAAAAAAAAACAUAUUUGGUACUUACCAAUGCCAGCAUCAAUUAAUCUGUCCUAUUAAGUUUAUAUCGCUUUGCUACUAGCGUACUACGACGAGUUUGCAACCUGUAUUUCGAUUUUUUACUUCACCCUUUAGAAAAGUUGUUUAGGUGCUGUUGUACAUUAAUGAGAUAUUAAGAUAAAUUGGGAGGUAGGAAAUUAAUAUUUAAUUGGCUCAAUUUGGCAAAAAGAAGACUGAAAAGAAUAAUAUUUGCGUAAAUUCAUUGUAUUUAUUCUAUACCAAAGUUUUAGCAAAUUCCUGAUUUUUAGCAAGUUUUUAUCAGAAUACCACUAUCUACUAGCAAAUGAAAUACUACAGUUAACGGUCAAUAUCAUAUAUAUACGGCUAAUAACUUGCUUUUAUGGAGACACUUCACUCGAUGAUUUAGCUGAAGUUAAUUCUUUGUUUCUUUUCAAAAUAAAGAAAAAAGCUUAAAAAUAUGAAUUUACUCAAAUAUUGGCAGAAAAAGGCUACUUACACAGGAAACUUCUCUGUAAGUAGUCUGUCAUUCUGGCUAAUUUUCAAAUGAUAAACUUGGAAGUUAUACUGAAAAGUAGAAGUUUAAAUUUUUUAUUGAGGUAAGUUAACAAGAAAAUGUUCUUCUAAUUAAUGUGCCUUAAUUUGUAAAAUUUAGUAGUUAGGUGUACUGUUACGGAGUUCAAUUGAAUCAGGAUUUUAUUAUUUAUUUCAUCUUAUUGUAUUUUAUGUUAACUUUGUUGAUCAAUUUCAAUUGUGUUUUUUAUUUACUUAAUUGAUAAAGUAAAAUUAAUUUAACCAAUUUUUUACUAUCAGUAAUUAUUGUUAUUAACUUGAGACUUUUCGCUGUUGCUUCAAUUGGUAAGGUGUCUGCAAACCCGUCGUUUCGAGCCACUUUACAUGCCUUCUGUUGGUAAUGCCGUUUAAUUUCGGAAUUGAUUGAUGGCAAUAAGUCCUUUAGAAAACUUGAAACGUUAUUUUUUAUAUGUUCUUCUUUUAAUAAACGGCCUUAUAUAAUUAUAAGCUAAUGUAUAGAAAAGUAACAAAACAUACGCAUUUUGUUAUUUGUGCAUUUUUGUAGAGUAUAUUGUUUGCUAGUGAUUUUUCUUGAAUUUAAAAAUGUUUAAUUCCGAUCAACUCAUGAAGGGAUCCGAAUGAAGUUCCAUGAAGAAAAAACCGGCAAACUAAAAUACUGUAUCGUAAUUACAUGCUUUUAACAUAUGCAUUAUAGUGAUAACAACAUGUUAACACUUAAUAAUUAGCCUAAUAAUUAUUAAUGAAUUAAUAACUGUAGCAACUUUUGAUACUUUUUAAUAUUGUAGAAUAUAUCAUUAUACAUUACUGUAUUUUGUAAAAAAAGACUCUAUUUAAAGCAUGAUUUUUUGAUAUGAAACAUUUUGUAUAAAAUAUUCCUUGUACAUACUUAUUUUUUUUUUUUUCGGAAUUGGGCUUUAGGUGAUCUUUAUAUGUUAAAUAAAUUUAACAAACUCUA